AUAUCUCAUAUUUCGAUUCUAAAUCUAGGCUGGUUGUGUUGUAAUUGAUUUCUGUGGUUUUCUAUAGGGAGCGAAAAGUGUCCGAAUUAGCGUUUGACCUUGAGGGACUAUUUGCACGCUUGGCCAUUUAGCUGCAGACCCCCGAGGUUGCCCAACUGCCACUGUCAAAAUCCUGUCUGAAGGAAGAAAAUUUAUACUUUCUGAUAAAUUCGAGAUGGUGUUGACAGUCGGCGUUCUUGCGCUGCAGGGUGGGUUUUCUGAGCAUCUGGUGUCCCUACGAAAAGCAGCCACCCAUCUCAACCGCGAUGUCAAUUGCAUAGAAGUUCGCACACCAGAGCAGCUAUCCACUUGUGAUGCACUCAUUGUGCCUGGUGGCGAGAGUACUACACUUUCUUUAGUAGCUCAACAAUCUGGUCUUUUGCAGCCGUUGAGAGAAUUUGUCAAAGUGAAGAAGAGACCAACAUGGGGCACCUGCGCGGGACUGAUAUUCUUGUCCGAAGAAGCCAGCUCGACAAAAAGGGGUGGCCAAGAACUUGUUGGAGGUCUUGACGUUAGGGUGCAUCGAAAUCAUUUCGGAAGGCAGAAGGAGAGCUUCAUAACAGAUCUGGACCUGGCCUUCUUGAAGGACUCCUCGGCGACUGACAAGUCAUCUCCUUUCCCGGCUGUCUUUAUUCGUGCUCCUGUAGUGGACAAAUUACUGGCCCAAGAAGUAGAGGAUAAGUCAGCCCAGCGUCAGGAGGUUGAAAACGGUGAGCUUCCAGCACCCGCUGUAGAGGUCUCGCAGACCGAAAAACCAGCGGUGGAAGUCCUUGCUAUUCUUCCUGGCCGGCAUGCAUCGAACAAGGCGGCUAUCGCCGGCGUAGAUGCCUCCAUAUCACCCAAGGGAGACGGUGAUAUUGUUGCGCUCAGGCAAGGGAAUGUAUUCGGUACAAGCUUUCAUCCAGAAUUGACCGGCGACGUACGGAUACAUAUCUGGUGGUUACAACAAGUCGAACAAGCAUCUAUGCCGGAAUGAUGAAGCAAUUCCGAAACUUAAUAAGAAUGAUAGAUACCCGGCCGCUUCUACAUCAAGCCAGCUUGUAUCAUGAAUGGCACGAUGGGGUAUGCAGCUCGGAUGGCGCCCGAGUACGAGUAUCAGAGUUGCCCUUUGACAACAUUCAGGCGCAGAAAUAUGAGCACAGCUGUAUAGGCAUGUCAUGGCCUAUCGAUUCGAGGCGAACAUGAAUAAUUCAAUUACCGAAACUUAAUGGGCCCUUUUCUACU